AUGGAAUGUGAAAAGACUUCUUUGAAUUUCACAGCAAUGCUGCUGGAAAUAAACUGUCAAAUAGCACAAUUUCGGGAUCUUCUUAUUCACAUUGGUCACGAUAAGCAUGAUUCACCGGAACUUAGAAUAUCAAUAAGGAAAACACGUCGUUCGUGUGUUGAACAAUGCUUAAAGGUAGCAGAACUCAUUUUACUUCAAAUGAAAAGCAGUGAAGAAGUAUCAGCAACACCAUUUGAUAAUCCACAUCUUAUUCUCCUCUUCUACCUCACUCAACUUUUCCUCCGUGAACUUGUUCGCUCUUAUCAUCUCCUUAAAAUUAUCCCUAUGGACAUGAGCGGAUAUUUCGAGAAUCGUAUAGGAGGACAAAACUUGGGAAAUGUGAUAAGUCAAAUACUGCUUUGUAAGCAAAUUAAUCCAGACUUUCAGCUGGAGGAACUAGGAAGCAUAACAAAAGACUCAAAGGAAAUUGCAAAAGUUCUAUCAGAAAUGCAGGAAUUUAUGCCGAAACAAGAGGCUUAUAUGGAGACAAGACGAGAUAGUUCCAAUAGGAUAUUUAAAAUGAGUCAAAUUACAAGUGAAUGUAUCCCAUUAAGAACUGUCGAUGACAGAGAGGAUGAAAUGGCAAAAUGUGAAUGA